AUGCGGUUCGGGAUGGACACCGCCCCUCCCAUUCUCAUGCAAGAACUUCGCUCCGUCUUGUCCAGUGAACCUUGGGCAGGCGUCUUCCCGACUCCGAUCCAGGUUUCCGACAUGGUCCGUCUUGGCUUCCUCCCGUUGCUACCACAAGAAUUGGCGAUUGGCCCGUACUGCAAAGACUUGAUGCGUCUCUGCGACUUCCAGUAUCCCAUCGGCCUCAUGCAAGAAUGGGUCAACAAUCCACGGUUCUUCUCGGCCAAAUUCACUGGGUCUUCGCGAGGACUCCUGUGCUGGCACGUCUUUGUUCCAAAAGCCUUCGCUCGCGAGGCCGACCUGAUCUUGGCGGCAAACUUGGACCUACGCAAGCCCAGUUGUGCUCCCUUCCAAGCGCCGACCCAUUACACCAGAGAUUGGCAGGCGGAAAAAGAUGAAUUGGUCCUUGGCAAACAGUGCCCACAGCUUCAGUCCUUGAUUGAAGCCAUGCGGGAAAGGACUCGGGCGACGCGGGCUCUGACUGCAAUCUACCGGAUUCCCAUCAAACUCCUGGGCAUGCUGACUUCGGCUGCAAUUGAGAAGUUUGGAAGGCUCACCCUCCUACGAUUCCUUCUUGCCGUCAUCGUCACGGGCGCCCAGGCCAAGAAGGCGGAGGAUGCAGAACCCACGAAGCCACCGACCAAGACCCUUGACGUGCUGAGUGAUAGCGAGUCGUCCGGUGACGACGAUGAUGAUGACAGUCCCCCAACCUUCGAGUGGACCACCACCAUCAAAAAGUCUUUGUUUGCUUCCACUCCAAAACCUGUGGAGGACAAGAAAAAGUCCCUCCUCACGGCACCCAAGUCGCCCGAGGACAACAAUGCCUGGAUCGACCAGCUUGCCCAGAUGGACCUUACCAAAGACAGACCAAGCCCUCUGUUCUUCAUGAUCCUACCGGCCGAGGAAGAUGGUUGCUACUUUGUGGUGGUUCGCCAGCGCUAUCUCCCCCUUGCAAUGAACGUGCUCGACAGCCUGCCGUCCUUUCUCCAGUUUCACCUUGGCGAGUCUUCAUUCCCCAAUUUCAUUCGAGUUAUCAAGAACUGGUCCGCUACCGACCUCGCCUACCAGAAUCGCAAGCUUCAUGUUGCAUGGGUCCCGUUGGAGCUACGCUCCCGCUGUAUUGACGAUCCCACCGACGAUCAAGGUCCUCAAGUCCGUGAUCCCAUGGACUUCCUUCUCUGCAUGGAAGACCCUGUGGAGAUUCUUGAGGGCACUCUCCAAAUUGACAUUCACGCCAAACAUGUUCGUGACGUAGAUGAUGGCCUUUCUGUGAUCGGUUACCUCGACGAUUGGAACAAGAGUCAGGCCCAGCUCCAGACCGCUCUCCAGACCAUCGAGACCAUUACUGACGAGAAGAACAGUUUGAACCGGGAUCUACAGUCCGUUCGUGACGAAUUGGAGGCAAUGAAGGCCGCCCAAGAGGCAGCUGCUGCUAUGUCAGAGUUGGCUACAGACAUUAGGCCCAUUCCGAUGCUUACAGUGGACGUUCCUACCGGUCCACCGGGCCAAACACGCGUCAGCACUACUACAGUACUCAGUCCCUCGGCUCGUACCAUUGCUUCACCAGCGACGGCUCAAGAAACGGACGGAGAAGAUGGGGAGGACCAACCCAACGCGUCCUCUCCUAUGGACACCGGUCGAGAUGGUUUUGGUGACAACCAUCUUGCUCGUGCACCGGGUUCCGCCCGGCUCGCCUUCCAGAAUAUUAACACUAUUCCCAACGAGUCAGACGACCCUAAACAAGCGCAACUCAACCACUGGAUUCAAAGCGAAUGUGGCAAAGGUUUCCAUUCGGCGGUGGCCUACAAUACCCAUCAACCACGGGCGGCCCAUUCUACCACUCAAUUUGGGGGCUGCUCGACUUCUGCCUUCAACAAAGUAUCUCACCGAGUUAGGUCCAGUGGCGACGAUAGCUUGGGGCGAUGGGCUUGGAUACGUCUUCAGGGCCGAACACGAGGCGUUGGCCAGCGCGACUUGGUGGUGAUCUCUGCCUACCGUCCAAACCCACCUAACGACGGGCAUCAAACAGUGUGGUUCCAACAUAAGGCCCACUUCAGCCGCACCAACCGCGAUGCAGAACCCAGGGAGGCUUUCAUCAAGGACCUCUCGACGGCUAUCAACAAAUGGCGCGACGACGGCUGUUCUAUCAUCUUGGGCAUCGAUGCCAACGACGACUUAUCCUCCUACUCCCCGAAGUCUUUCCGUUUUCGGAUGAGCGAAGUAGGACUGGUCGAGGCGAUCCAGUCUAAGCACCCAGGGUCCCAUCAGGCCACUUACCAGCGGAACCUCCGUGGGUAUCCGAUUGACGGUAUCUUCGCGACGCCUGACGUGCCCAUCCUGGCCGGCGGGUACUACCCUUUUGACGAACACGUCGCCUCCGAUCACCGUGGCCUGUGGAUCGACUUUGACUUGAACAGUCUCCUUGGCGGACACCAACCUACGAAAUCCACCCAUGUUCCACGCCGGCUGGUGAUGCACAACAAACGGGUGGUUCAACGAUAUGUCCAAUUGGCGGAGCAGGGUUAUAUGCGGUACAAUAUUCCGGGUCGUCUCUCUACCCUAGGAUUCGAUGUUGCCCGACAGCAGGGCGUCAUCACCAAAUCCCAGGCGGUCAGAUUCGAUCGGAUACACGCUGAUGCCUACACAGUUUGA